UUUACCUAGAGGGUAGCCUUUAGAUUUUACUCCUCUAUCUUCCUAGCUUUGAAAGGGGGAGAAGAAGAACAGAUGGCCAGUGUCUCCCAUAAUCAUCCUUUGAUCUUCACCUUUGGCCUUUUGGGUAACAUAGUCUCCUUCAUGGUGUUUAUUGCCCCAGUACCAACAUUUUAUAGGAUCGUUAAGAAGAAAUCAGCAGAAGGGUUCCAUUCAUUACCAUAUGUUGUUGGCUUAUUUAGCGCAAUGCUUUGGAUUUACUAUGCAAUGGUUAAAACUAAUUUAACCCUUCUCAUCACCAUCAACUCCUUUGGCUGCAUUGCCGAGACUAUUUACGUUGCUAUUUAUUUUACUUAUGCCACAAGAAAAGCAAGGAUGAAAACAUUAGGACUUGUCCUAGUGUUGAAUUUCGGUGCCUUUGGAUUGAUUCUUUUCCUCACUCAAAUUUUAUGCAAAGGACCAAAACGAGCUGAAGUUACUGGAUGGAUUUGCGUGGCCUUUUCUACUAGUGUAUUUGUAGCACCUCUAAGCAUUAUGGGACGGGUAAUACGGACCAAAAGUGUGGAAUUUAUGCCAUUUAACUUGUCAUUAGCUCUUGCACUUAGUGCUGUAAUGUGGUUUUUAUAUGGUUUGCUUUUGAGGGACGUUUAUGUCGCGGUGCCAAACAUAGCGGGAAUGAUACUUGGAGUGCUCCAAAUGGUAUUGUAUGGAAUAUACAGAAACUGCAAAGCAAACGACGUUGUUGUAGAGAAGAAAUUACCCACUGUUGUGAAGGUGGAUCAAGAGCAGCCAACAAAAGUUAAUUCUGAGGCUUAUCCAGUUAAUAUUCCAUCAAUGGCCAGUGAAAAUGGAGAGGCUAAAGAUGGUAAAAAUAUUGAAUAUCCCCAAGUUAACUCUCAAGGGUAAGAGAAUGCAAUUGCAAGACAACAACAUUGGAGGCCCUUUCUGCAAAUGUUGUGUUAGUUCUAUUAAAAACUAGGCCUCAACUCUAUAUCUAUGAGUUAAUACUGUUGCAAUUUUACGUAUGUAUUUUGGGAUUUAGUGAUCCAUUUGCGAGUCUUACUUUCUUCGGCUCCAUCAUCCCUCUAGGAGUUAGAUUUCCGAAUUUAUUUGGAAUGCUCCCACCGAUAUCAUGUAUGGGUUCACACUUUACAUAUAUAUUACAUUAUGUCGUAUAUUUAUUAGUUGUU